AUGCACUCUGAGCCAAGCCAAACGCGAAAGGGGUCUGGCCAAUUUGGUCUUGACGACCGCUCCGUAGAGGAGCUCAAGGAGAAGGCCAUUGCUGCGAAGGGGCGGGCAUACUGUCCCUACUCCCACUUCCGCGUCGGUGCCGCUCUGCUGUCCGAAGACGGCUCCAUCGUCAUAGGAGCCAAUGUGGAAAACGCGAGCUAUCCCGUCGGGACGUGUGCCGAGAGAUGUGCAUUGGCGACCGCUGUGACGCAAGGCCAUUUAGCCUUCAAAGCAAUCGCUGUGGCCACGGACAUCACCCCGCCGGCGUCACCGUGUGGCAUGUGCCGUCAGUUCAUCCGUGAAUUUUGUCCCCUCUCAACACCCAUAUUCAUGUACGACAAGGACGGGAACCGUGUGGUGAAGACGCUCGAACAACUGCUACCCAUGAGUUUCGGACCUGAGGAUUUGAAGGGAGCGAAUUCGAGGUAG